AUGCAGAAGGCGACGCGUCUCAGCGUGGCGACCACGACCAUCUUCUACAUGCUGUGCGGGUGCAUGGGGUACGCAGCGUUCGGCGACGCCGCGCCAGACAACCUCCUCACGGGAUUCGGCUUCUACGAGCCCUUCUGGCUGCUCGACGUCGCCAACGUCGCCAUCGUCGUGCACCUUGUCGGCGCGUACCAGGUGUUCUGCCAGCCCAUCUUCGCCUUCGUCGAGCGCCGCGCCGCUGCGGCCUGGCCGCACAGCGCCUUCAUCUCACCGUAG